AAAUCAGUGUACACUCCAUCACCUUCUGCAAAUUAUAGCCCUGUGUCAAAGAAAAAUAGUUUUAAAUCACUCAAUAAUGAUGUUGAUAAUAAUAGCAAUAAACAAUAAUAAUAAUAAUCCGAAACAGAACUAGUUAGUACAAAAUUAAAAUGAUGAAAAUUAGGUCCUGUCAUCAGAUAACAACAGUCCACAAAUGAACUGACUACCCAAGAGAAACAGAACCAGUUAGUACAAAAUGAAAAUGAUGAAAAUUAGGUCCUGUCAUCAGAUAACAACAGCCCAUAAAUGAACUGACUACCCAAGGGAAACAGAACCAGUUAGUACAAAAUGAAAACUGUGAUGAAAAUUAGGUUCUGCCAUCAGAUAACAACAGCCCAUAAAUGAGCUGACUACCCAAGAGAAACACAACCAGUUAGUACAAAAUGAAAACUGUGAUGAAAAUUAGGUUCUAUCAUCAGAUAACAACAGUCCACAAAUGAACUGACUACCCAAGAGAAACAGAACCAGUUAGUACAAAAUGAAAAUGAUGAAAAUUAGGUCCUGUCAUCAGAUAACAAUAGCCCAUAAAUGAACUGACUACCCAAGAGAAACAGAACCAGUUAGUACAAAAUGAAAAUGAUGAAAAUUAGGUCCUGUCAUCAGAUAACAACAGUCCACAAAUGAACUGACUACCCAAGAGAAACAGAACCAGUUAGUACAAAAUGAAAAUGAUGAAAAUUAGGUCCUGUCAUCAGAUAACAAUAGCCCAUAAAUGAACUGACUACCCAAGAUCAGAGAAACAGAACCAGUUAGUACAAAAUGAAAACUGUGAUGAACAUUAGGUCCUGUCAUCAGAUAACAAUAGCCCAUAAAUGAACUGACUACCCAAGAGAAACAGAACAAGUUAGUACAAAAUGAAAACUGUGAUGAAAAUUAGGUCUUGUCAUCAGACUACUCAAGAGAAACAGUACCAGUUAGUUUAAAAUAAUAAUGAUAAAAAUUAGGUUUUGUCAUCAGAUAACAACAGCCCAUAAAUGAACUGACUACCCAAGAGAAACAAAACCAGUUAGUACAAAAUAAGCAUGAUAAAAAUUAGAUUUUGCCAUUAGAUAACAAAAGCCCAUAAAUAAACUGACUACCGAAGAGAAACAGAAUAAUAAAGCUAAAUGAUUUCUUUAAAUUGAAGUGACCAGAAAACAGAAAUACCUCACUGUAUUGGGAAUAAUUUGACUAAAAACAAACUUACCUCAAGUCUAAUAUCACUAAUAUGUAACUUAAGUCCGUAACAGAAUUUACAAGGCCAUCCGGUGGAAUGAUAUUCUGGCGAAGAACAUCAGUGAUCAAACGAACGUGGAAGCGACGUACACAGUAGCUGGCAUCAUGUUGAAUUCCACUUCGGCAUAGGCCGAUUUGGCGGGUUCAAGUUCCCGCGUUGCCACGUCUUUCGUCAGGAAAUGUCCUAAAUAUUUCAUUUUUGGAGAAACCCGUCGACCGGACUCCACACAUUUCUUUUUUGAGUGCAUGCCAAUGCUUUUGGGGGUUGUAACCCUCGACAGACUCGAAAUGGGAAACGAAGACUCAUACCGUCGACGGUCGCCUUCACUUCAAAUGGUUUCGAAAUCAAAACCACAGCGCUUUUGAACUUUGAAAGUCUAAGGUAGAAUAUUAAUUAAUUAGUAAGAAUUUAACUCGGUUACAUCGCAUGAUCGCUGCCUGACCCUCAAAAACCAAAAAAAUCGUACAUGUACGCUGCCGUCCAUUCAUUUGAGCGGCACUGGAAACAAGUUUUUGCGGCGCUUUGUCACACAUUUCCACAUGAAAUACGGGUCGCUCCUUCAAAAAUUUUAUCAAAGUGACAAAGGAAAUAUAAAAUGCUUUAACGUAAUGUCUUUUAAGCCUGGCGUGCCCCGUCCAAAUCACCGGCAGUCCGAUCUGGAUUUGUUUAUCAUGUAAAUUACUUUCUACGGGUAGAUGACGCGAGCUUUUAUUUUUAAGAUACAUUUCGAAUGAUCAAAAUCUUUUUCAUUUUAAACAGAAAGGUCACGCCGCAAUAAAACGGUUGCGUGGGAUGCUGGCUCCUCGCCUUGCCUCGCGCUCAAAUGACGCGUCUCUCGCGGAUACUCGGUGUCUGGUUUACUUAUUAUGUUCCGGUCUUAAUUAAUUUUAUGACACCAAGCAAACGCCUUUCUAUCGCGUACCAGGGCAUCAAUUUCCGGCGCCUGCUGAGAUUUUUUUUCUUGAGCAAAGCUCCUCAUGUCAUCACCAUUAUUAGUAUCAUCACUAUCAGUAUCAUUGCCAUCAUCAUCAUCAACAAUAUUAUCAUCAUCGUUAUUUCCUUUACUAUCUUCUUCACCAUCAUCUUCAUAAUCAUCACCAUCAUCAUCAGUAAAAUGUCACAGAUGACAUAAAAGUUUGGUAAGAACAACAAAGUGGCGAAGGACCUGUCAGCGAGUUUUUCACUGAUGUUCUCUCUAAAUUUUGACUUGGUAUGUUCUUUUUAUACAUGAACAGAAAAGAACAACUACAAAUUUCCCUACAAAAGUGAGGAUUUUUGCAAGUUUGGGAACAAAUUCUACGACUCGUCUCUGCUUCGUCUUUUCUUCUUUAUCUUACUCGUAGGCAGUUUCUCUUCAACGUUUGUCAAGGCCUUCACUGACUCUCGCAAUUAUUCGCAAACCAGCGAGUCUCUUGUAGCGAUGACAGAAAAUGAUGGCAACUGUUGGGAAAAUUUAUUCUUCCAGUUUAGGCAUCAAGUCGCUGUUGUAGCGACGAAAGUUGAUCUUUUUGGUUUUCUUCAUUGUAAGCAGUUUGUUGUUAAGUUUGCGAUGCAAUGCGUGUGUCGGGUCUCGUUUAAGUACUUCGUAGGUCUGUUUGUCGUUAACAAGCGAGUCCAUGUAGUCUGUUGAAAUGACUCCUGGGUUCAAACCUUUCACAUUAUUAUCAUCAUCAUCAUCACCAUCAUCAUCACCAUCACCAUCACCAUCACCAUCACCAUCACCAUCACCAUCACCAUCACCAUCAUCAUCAUCAUCAUCAUCAUCAUCAUCAUCCUAAUCCAGUGAAAGUGCCUAUGUGUUCUAGAAUUAACAGUUGGUUUGAGUCUAACCUUAAUAACAAUGCAGCGCGUAAAAAGAAAACUAUCUGAGCUUGAUCAAAGAAUUGAGUAGAAAUUAAAGACGUGUGAAAUUUGUAAAUCUCUCUAUGAGCUCCCUUAGCGUUUUCUCCGAUGAAUGCUCCACGUUCUUAGACAUGAUGAAUCAUGACAUUGGUAUUGACAAAAAGCAGCAACUUUAGGUAAUCAAGAAAAUGAUAAAUAUAGUCAUUAGAACAACAUAUUACAUCUUUAGUUGUAGAAAUAGGAAUUGGGAUAGCCCAGACUUAAGACAAUUUUGAUUUCUUUUCUUUUCUUUUCUUUUUUCUUUCUUUUUUUUGAACAAUUCAAUCUCAAGCAGCAUUUGUAAGUUGCCUAUACGUAGCGAGAUUUACAGUUGUACAUUCAAAACACAUUUCGGCAAACAAACGGUUAAGUUGAAAAAGGAUUUUACAAAAGUCUCAAGAGUAGGUUUCCUCGGUCAAUUUACGCAACAUUUAACCUUCCGGCUCAGUUUUCGUUUGGUUCUGCUUUAAAAUGGAAUAAUAAUUACUCAGAGACAAUACAGUGUAAAGAAUUGUUGCGAAAAACAGCAAAAACUUGUCAAUUUAUGUCAAAAAAGGUACUUUAAAAACGAACUAAAACAUUCAAAACGCUUUGAUCUCGUGACUGAUGACGUCAUGUCCCUCUUUUUGGUCAUGAAAAAAAUUAUCAGCAUUACUUUCCCGCAAAUUUUCUCUGCCGGGUGAUAAAAGGUUGACUCUCUACAGCCCUCGGCCUAGGCUCCCGACUUUUUCGCUCAUGUUCCUUACCCCCAUAAAUUUUAAAUGCCGGACGUCAACUGAUUAUUUUUAAAUGCCCCACACAACUAAAACCUGGAACAUGCUAUUUGUCUUUAACUCGUUAAUGAAAUCUUGUCACAGCAACCAAAAAACCUAAUUGGGAAAUAGUCACGUGACUGAUGAAGUCAUUACUUUUGUUGUGACAUGGUAAGAUAUUUUAUGGCAAAUGUUAUCUUGUUGUGGUCUUACAGUAUUCUAGGUAUAAAAUUAUCAAAGUUAUAAAGCAUUUUACAAAAUUGUCUCAAAGGAUUCUGGUAGAUUUUUUACGAUAAUUAUAAUUUAUUUUUAUAAUUAUAAUAAUAAUAAUAAUAAUUAUUAUUAUUAUUAUUUAAUAUUGUGGACUUUUUCCAUUUCAGUUAGAGAAAUCGAGUUGAUAAUUGAUUAUGCUCAUCAGCAAAUUGGGGUAUUGCGCAAUAAAACUUUUGAAAGAAUGGAGGUGUGGAUUGGAAACUUUAUUUUGCGUAGUAGUUUGAUUUUCGACAAACUACUGCUAUCGAAUCUGAUUUCUAACUGGUAUUAAUAUAGGAAAUAUUCACUCGAAGCUUCAAGGUUUCCUGGCAGAUCAUUUAUCCUUAAAAUCACCUUCCUUCCACUGUACCUAAUGUUAACCACAAAAUUAGAAGAUUUCUUUGCAGACGUUUUAAGUUUAUAUUCUGUUUGAGUAAAUUAGAAGUUUAUUAAAGUGAGCCUCGCUUUUAGCCUUGCUAAACCUUAAGAUUACUAAAUUGACUGAUAUCUGGUCGCUAUGAGUUUCGCGCUCAUACCACUCACGACUACCGUUUUACCUUUAGGAAGAGGAAGAGGAAAGAAAAAGAAAAGAGGAACAUCAGAGGGUAAGUUAUUUGAAAGACGAAAGUAAUAAAAAGCAUAAAGUUCUUCCAUGCCAUGCUCUGGUAUUCCUUCCGGUAGGUUAUCAUAAUCACCAUCACCACCACCAUCAUCAUCAUCAUCAUCAUCAUCAUCAUCACUAACAUCAUCAUCAUCAUCACCAUUAACACCGUCAUCAUUAUCAUCAUCAUCAGCAGCAGCAUUAUCAUCGUCUUCAUCACCAUCAUCAUCAUUAUAGUGAUGAUUUUAGGGCUUUGCGACCUUGACUUUGAAUGGUUCAUCAUACUUUAUUUUCCGGUCAAAAGGCAUCACAGGUAUCUAGAAGCUAAGAAGUUUACUAAAAAUAAAAAUGACCGGAAAAGGCUUAAAUGUGUUCUUGUGAAGUAACUUUUUAAGUCUGUGAAGUCCUUUAGUCAACAAAGCUAGCGGUAGUUAUAUAAUUACCAAUUCUGCGAGUAAUUUACAGAUACAAUUUAAGACGAUCAUGACUUACCACAGACCUUUUUAUUUGCUCUUUUUUCCGAGCGAUUGCUAACGCCACGAUAUGUAUUACAUUAAACGGUACUAAACCUUUCUCCCGGUUCCAGGUACUUACAGUCCUGGCAUUGUCUGUUACCACACACCACUUUCCCCUUCGAGCUCCACUCCAGACGCGUUGACGGCGUAAGUUUAGCGUAUACUAGGUAGUCCCCCAGGCUCGUGGGUCUUCGAAAUGCCAUGAAGGGUACGUCUUUGAUGGCUUUCCUGCAUUUUUCUGAGCAAUGCAAGAGCGGCUGAAUUUCUCGUAGGAUGCUACCAAUGUUAGGAAGACUUGGAUGGUAUGUCACUACCAUUGGCACUAUGAUAGUAGCAUUCCUAGGGCGUGGUGCCAAUGUUUCCUCUCUGGUUUUCAAUCUCGCUCUCCUAAUUUGCUUCAAAACAAAUGCUUUUUUAUAUCCCCUGGCUACAAGAAACCUGCAUAGAUCAGCAGUCCUGUGAUUAAAGCUAUUCAGCCUAGAACAUAUUCUUCGAAGUCUCAAAGCCUGGGCAUCUGGUAUGCUUUCCUUAUGCUUUCUGGGGAUGACACGAAGUGUGGUACAGAUACUGGUGUUUAUCCGUCGGCUUAAUGUACAAAUCAGUCUCUAUUCUUCCAUUGUUAUUUAUUACCUGAACAUCCAAGUGAUUAAUCCUCUCUCUAGACCAGUCCCAAGUGAACUUAAUCGUGUCAAGGGCUUCAUUGAUAUAAUUCAAAAACUCCACCAGCUCAAGCUCGGUCCCCGUCCACACCAUAAAAACGUCAGUCAAAUUAUAGAAUGUUUACUUGUUACGUAACAAGUAAACAUUCUAUCAUUUGAAUUAACCGCAUCAUUGAUUAUGUAAAUCUUAUGGAAUAGGAGCGACGGUUAUGAAUAUACAUGUCAUUAAAAUCCCCUGAAGAGUGAGCAAUCACGAAACAGGCUUGUAGGGAUAAAAACUGUGUAGUUUUUCAAUAUUCUAUAUAUCAAUAUAAGGACUAAAAUCUAUCAGGGAGGCUCUCAACAAUCGAGAGAACCCGGAGAUACCGACGGAGACAAUUGUAGCCCUGGCUGGCUGAAUGAGGCUGAGUAUCUUAUGAAUAAUUAUGGAGAUCGAGGAGGGUUUUAUCCGUUGAGGCGGUAGGCCGAGGUGGAUAACACCCUCUGAGAUCUCCAUGAUUCUUCAUAUGAUACGAAAGCCGAAUUCAAUAACUGUUUUGUUAUUCAUUCAAAAUAAUUCCUAGUUUAAAAACAUAGCUCAAACAAGCUUACCUGCAUCGAUCCAUCGAUGUUCAGUUCAUGUUCGAUAGUGCACGUUUAGGUUUAUCCAGCUCCGCAAAUAUUCUCCAGAUAGCAGAUGCCGCCCUCCGAGUUGUCUUCUUGCUGUUUUUUUUUUUGCUAUGUUUUUAACUAUUACUUCGCCUAGUUACAGCUGUAGUUGUUACUCUUGAAACGGGUGAAGUGUCGGCUAUUUUUGUUUUCACAACCAAAACAACUCAACCUCGUCCCCAGGUCUUCUCGGUUAACGGUUCAUUAACCUGUUGAAGGCUGCAUUUUGACGUCAUUUCCUCGUUAAACACAAAAUUCUUCCAAAUUUGGACAUCGGUAACUGAUUAUGGUGAAUUAAAAGUGUGCUUUUAAUUCAGAAUAGGGGAAAUAUUUUGAAUGAAUAAUAAUUUGAUAUUAGAGAAUACUUCAUGGAAAGUGCUGGCGUACGGUAUUUACGCACGAGUUGUUGACGUAUCAGAAAUCGAACGAGUGAGCGCAGCGAACGAGUAAGAUUUCUGAUACAAAAACAACGAGUGCGUAAAUACCGUACAAAGCACUUUCCAUGUGGUAUUGUGUUUAUUAUAUACAUACCGAGACAUUCAUCAUUUUGGCGGCCUUUUUAUUUUAAAUCUUUCAAAAAUGCUAAAAUUUGCCGCUACACACUCACCGCAAAAUGACAACGAAAACGAAGUAUCAGCUUUUUAGUAAAAACGUUUGUUAAAAACAUAAAUGACGGUAAGGAUAUGAGGUAAACCAAGAACUAUAAGUAAUCUUAAUCUUGUUUGUUCUCAAUGCACAAUUGAAAAUGAGUGAAUAUAAGUAAAAUGGCCGGUUUCAAUAUAAGCUUAAGCUUAAAUGAAAGGCAAAGUAGCUCCGACAAAAAGCACAACAAAAGCUUACGUCUCGUUCUGUUUUUCCCUUUCCGCUGUUGUUUCGCCGGAUCUCUACCGUUUUCUUUAUCGACAGUGAAACAAACGAAACUAUUCUACUCCAUUUCCGAAGUGUUUUUCACUUUUUUUAGCGAGAAAAACUCUUUGAGUAAAACUUUUCUCUUUGAAUGUGUGCGAAGCGGCGCUGCAAGCUGCAAUAAAAGGAGGGAAUUUUUGCGCGAAACUCACACACCUCUGUGGCUUCUGAUUGGCUGUAUCAUUUUUCUCACACGCGAAAAAACAUCGUUCGCGAUUCUGAUUGGACGUAUCAUUUUUUUCACGUGUGAAAACCAUCGUUCGCUCCUCUGAUUGGCUAGAACUAAUUUGCGUACGAAAAUUUACGACAUAGCUUUUUGGUGAGUAUUUCUCAGUAUGUAUAUAAUAAUUUAUUUUAUGUUAAUUCAUGUAAUUACUCUGAAAAGGCAUUCAUUGAAAGUAAUAAAGUUAUUAUUAUUAUUAUUAUCAUCAUCACAGGCAUUGUCUUGCACAGCUUCAGGCGCAUCAGGUGAGGACUCCAGAACACUAACAAGCGUGACUCUGGUGAUAUGUUUCAAAUGUCCAUUCAUUAUUUAGCUGUUGGAAAAAAGUUUUUCGGAGAACAUACCAGUAUUUUCAAAUAAUUUGGGUUGUCAUUUGAGUUCAAACGUUUUUGUUUUUUUUUUUUUUUCAUUAUUUCCAAAACGCUUUUUGAUUCAUCAUUGCCGUAGUUAAGGUGUUUCUUUUUGUACAGACUUUAUUUAAAGUUUUAAUUGCCUGCGUAGAUUAGCAUAACAGUUUGCUGGGGAUAAAGUAUUGUAAACUUUAUAGUUCUGUAAAUAAAUAAACUGUAGUUGUUAUAACUGUAAGCGUGACCUCAUUUUUGAUGGAAACAGAAGGCUUGCAAAGAUUUCCAUUGUUUGAUUAUAAUAAAAUUAUAUCUAUUUGUAGUCUUCACUUGAAUACGUUUUUUCAAAUUACAUUUUCCAUUUUCUUAAGGUGGUGUCUCCUCAAAACAGGCAAUACCUCUGUGCCUACCAAACAAUUGCAUUGGGAUUCUGAGACAGGUCAGUGCCUUCGAACAGAAGAGAAACGUCGAUCCCUGUAUGUAGUGGAAGAGUCCCUUGAACAACUCAGCAAAAUAAAAGGUAAAUCAGUGGCACAAUAUUAUUGAUUAAAGCUUCCUAUUUGUCAAUUGGGAUGAUUGAUAAUGGUAAUUGAACCAAGUAAAGUGCAAUUUGGUCUGAAAUCAUACGCAUGAUUUUAAAAUCAGACGAGUACGCAGCGCCAGUCGGGUUUAAAAUCACAAGUAAUAUUUCAGACCACAAUUGCACGACACGAAGUUCAAUUACCAGUUUAUUACAGCCAUUUUGAAAUCGCUGAAUUCAGUCAAUACCAAAUUAUAUUGAUCUAGUCGUCGGUUUGUUGAAAAGUGCAAGCAAAAAGGCCGUUUUAUCUCAUUUUGAUGCGACUAUAGAGCAAAAAUGUUCUAAUUUAGGACAAAAAUGAUGCGAUUUAGAACAGAAAGACGCAAUUUAAAACAGAUGUCAUUUAGAGCAAAAAUGAAGCGAUUCGUGAAUAAUUAUCACACUGCUGAGAGCCAAUCAGAUUGCAGGGAUCACCAGUGAUUACAAAAUGGAGAUAAUAAAAUGUGAUGCUUUAAUAAACUAAUUAAUGAGGUUUGUUGCGUAUAUGAUUUAACUUACAGGAAAUGAACGAUGCACUUUAUUAACGCGAUUUUUUUAAUUUGCUGCAUCUUAAUUUACGUCGAUGUUAAUUGCGGUCGACGAAGGAGAACGCUUACUAUUCGUGUACCGUACAUGAUGUAGUAACCGUUCCGUAUGCCAUGCGAUUUCACGAUUUAGACGCCAUGUUGGACCGGCCUGGCACAUUUUGUCUCGAUCUCAUGUCUUCAGUUUUUUUCGCCCGGGAGCUGGUAUCUAUUUUGUGACACUCGUUCGCAGAUGAAACGUGAGCGAUUUCCUGUUUACUACAGGUUUGUUUACAGUUUUUCUCGCAGUUUUCAAUUAAGUUUUUUUCUAUAGGAAAAUUUAAGAUAAUCGGAUAUGUAGAUGUUUUGUUAACAAUGUGUUCUGCACACUGUAUUUGUUUUUAUGGAUUCACGCAAGAUCAGCUUAGAUCGACCAGAUUUAAUUCUAUUACAAAUUACAUCUUUUCGCUUUUAAAAGCUAUUUACAGCGUUGUAUUUGCUUUUGUUUGUCACCAUUUUUGAAAAAUAUACAAGAAAUUGAACAGUGAAACGUUGACCUUUUCAUCUCACUAAUUCCAGGUGCGUUGUACUUUGAAAACAGUGCUAAGUAGGUGAGUCGUAUUAGCCUAGUGUCACGCAAAAAGGGUUUAAAGUGAUGAGCGACGCUUAAACUUCCAGAUAACUUUAAUUUUCUGUAUCCCAAUUUUUAGCCAAUUUUAUGGACUAUCCUGCAGUGCAAAAGAAUAUCCUGAGGAUCAUAGUCAGUGUUUGACCUGUUGUUACUUACAUGUACUUUACUUAGAGGUUUAGGCAAGUAAAUGUAAAAAGUAAAGUAGGCUCUUGCAUUUUUGAGGGAAAACUAAAUGACAUAGUAACGAAUUGUAAAGUGGGAGGAUAAACGAUACCAUUGAUAAAGACAGCUGCUGGUAUUCGUACUGAUAAAAGCGUUUGAUUUUGAUUUCUCAAUAUUACAAGCCCAUCAGGUUUUGCACCCCCUUCUCCCCCGCCCUCCCCAUUGAACGCACUCCCUUAAUUUGCAAUUUGCAAAACCGUAACGGAUCUAUCUCAAGCAGAUUUUGCCAAAAGUGCGACUUACCUAAUUCAUCACUGGCACUGACUCAGAAAUUGAGCCAUAUUCCAAUCCCUGAGAUGCAGGAGUCCAUAAAAUUCCAGUAACUGUGCUUUAGAAACUGCUGGUAUGCGGCCAUUUUUGAAUCCCAUGUUACCAAUCCGAAGCUCAAAACAGGUGAAACUGUGUCACGUUUCAAGCUAAAUACUGUAGCUCGGUAAAACAACCGUCCAGAGGUGAAAGUUUGCUCGAGAAUCAGAAAAUCAGCCAGGCAGGUUUCAUUUUGGAUUAGAAAAUUGAGAUUUCAGCUCUAAAACUCGGAUAAACCUUCUACUCAACCGGCUCUGCAAGGUCAAAUGCAGGUUGACACGUAAACCGGAAACGUCGAACCCAGAAAUACGGAAAAACGAAAAUGCGGAAAUCCGGAUCAUUUACACCUGCCUGUAACUGCGUCAUCAUGCGUGCAUUCUUAUAUCAAAAGAAAACAAUAUUUGCCAAUGGGUAAAUUACACCUUACCACAUUAACAGAUCACGCCAAUAUAUGUUUACAUAUCUGGGAGGUUCAAACUUUUUGCAAACAGCUGUAUAUAUCUGUCUGGAUUUGUUGAAACGUGGCUAAAGAAAUUUCAAGUGCAUUUUAACUAUUUGACAUCUAAGUGGAAUGGGAAGCAGUUAAAAGUCACUACCUGAAGCUAAACAAUGACAGCAUUGUUGCUGGCAAUAGACGGUAAAGUUUUCUCGCAGAAGUAACAGGAUUUUGCGAUGACAUAUAAAACAACAUUUGAAACGUCCAGAAAUUGUAAUCUUUUAGCCGGUCAAACCGUGGGGCCCACAGCUCAGUGUCGGCCGAGAACCGAUUAAGAAUCAACAAUCUUUGAGCACAUAAUAGGCUUUCUAAUAGAAAAUCACCUAAACUAAACGUUCACGAAGCGUUUCUAUGCUUGGCACAAAGUAUUCUGGUAACACGAGCUCAACCGCACAUACCUGAGAUUUGUCUGUCAACACUUCCGGUAAAUCACACAAUAAAUGACUUUCGCGACAAUCACAACACUUCCGAAAACCACUCAUAAUAAUUCCACCCUUAACACGGGGGAAACAUCGUCAAAAUACUCCGUAAAACUCUCGCUUUCUCCACAUAAAUCGUCACACGGAACUUUUCUCGACUCACUGACUAUUUAUUUAUUCAAGAUCCCGGAUGCAAACCAGCGGUUGAAAAGGAGACAUACAGCCCCCGCCUUCCACACAAUUUUUUACUAAGUCUUUGGCCUGGUCAGAAAUCAGCAGAAUUUCCAUCUUGCCGAAUAGAUUUCAACCCUAGAACCUACUUUGUGAGGCCAAGGACUUGUUACUGCCAACAACAAAGAUCGCAAUAUCCCAUCUUUCCGUCUCAAGCCCGGGAUCAGUCUUUCACCCGUGUAGCCCAAAAUGAGACGAAAUACUAGAAGAUAUUGGACGCAGUAGAUUUUGCCAGGCGUGAGAAUAGUUUCUUCAUAAAGCUUUAAUGAUGCCUUCCGGAAAACUUUGCUCAAGGCAGCCAAAAAAACUCUAAGACAACCCACUAUGAGAGCCGAGUUCAGUCUAAUACGCGCGCUGAUUUCAAACUGACAUACAGAGAGAAUUAUGGGAAGUUAUGACAAACAUUUUGUUUUGAGGGGCGGGGGGGGGGGGAAUAUGUUAAUACCCAGUGAGAAACUCAUCAAAGUCUAUCUACUGUGGCCUCUCCGGUACAGAUUAAAUAAAUAAAAAGUAACUAUCAACUACAUGCUCCGCUACAUUGACUCAGUCAAAGGGUAUAUAAGAGAGAUUUCUGUAGCCAUGUUUUUGCAAAUCCAGGCAGAUAUAUAUACACUUGAAAAGAUCUGCAACUAUAUAAUUAUAUAUGUAUAUCUGUGUAGAUUUCAUACAAGGUGCCUGUACUGAGUCUUUAGACAGCUAGCCUGUGAACAGGCUCUCUGUUUGGGGAAAAAUAGCGAGGAAAGGGAAGGGAAAGGGGGGGAGAGAGCCUGUAGACAAACAUUUGAGGCCGCUAUUCCGCCCUCUUGUAAUUAUCCUGCCGAUCAUCUGUCAGUAAGAUCGUUAUCGGUCAAUCAAUUUCGCACGUGAGUAACUCCGAGGAAAAUUAACAGGAAAUGAGUGGCGUUUUGCUCCGUCUGAAAACAGAGUGAAAUGAACCUCAUUGUUGAUUUUGCAAAAAGUCGUUGAUCUCCGGUAAGAGGAUUAAUAUGCCGUUCGUCUUGCUAGUUCGGUUUGUGAUUUAACAAGCCGCUGCAAUGAGCGAACUUGGAAUGCGGAAGGUACGGAUACUAUCAUGACUUCUCCAGAACGUGAAGCUUCGAAGACAAGUACAAAGAGAUCAGCAGCGCUUCGAUCGCCGACAGAAAUUACCUAGUAGGCCGACACGACUUUUACUUUAUGCCAAAAUGCUGCUUGUUUCCAUAAGUUUUUUCCUCUGCGUGGCAGAUUAUUCUCUGGAAGGUUCUACAUUUUCACUGAGCAAAUGAGAUUUUAGCCGCUUGUUUCACACUGAGAGUUCAUGGCACACAUAUCGAUUUACUGUGGUUUUUGUUUCUGUUCGACAGGAUUUGCCCUCUGAUGCAAGAGCAUUUUCUUUGACCUCUUUUGAAGCGUAAAGCUUUUUUUUGCGGCUGAAUAAGGGUCUUACUUUUCUCCAAAGUGCCUUCUCGAUCUGAAUAACUAAGCGAUUUUCUUUAGUCCAGUGAAUAUAAUGUUUCUCUGCAAUGUUAUAUUCUGACGCUGGGCCCAGCUCGUCAGUGUUUAAAAAUUAUUACGGAUGGUUAUUACCGUUAUUUACAGAUCCAAAAUUAUAAGAUUGAAAUGCAGCUUAAACCGAAGCUACAUCAGCUAUAGAGAAUUGCAUUGUGCUUCGGAAACUAUAAACUCCAGCUUAGUGUUUUUUUAAAGACAGUUUGAGUCUUUUGACUGGAGCGUGUAGUUCCUCCCCGUGGCAAUAGUCUUUAGACUGUUUUGUUAUUGUCACUCUGUGAUGAAAUCGCGUGCUACGUGCCGACCGAAAGGCCGAUGUCAAUCAGACCUGUCAACAGUCAGUGUUCUCGCCAAUAGGAGCUUGCAUCAGGAUCUGAUGCACAGCGGGAAACUACUCACCCUCCUCACCCAUGAAGCUUACGACUAGUCAAUCACUUCCCCUAAGCUCAGCUAGUAGUGUUAUGAUUAUGAGCCACAGCAUUGAUUUGGCGGGCGAUGCCCGUGUUCAAGCGAAAACGUAGCGGGCCGCCUUUUAGCAAAAUCACACAGAAAACAGCCAGGAUAUCUCUAGCCCAAGCACAAUCUCUUAGCUUCUGACAACAUUUGCUAGCCCGGGGAGAAGCAAUUGCAUUCCCUGGCAAUUAAAUUCACCACCGGGCUCAGAUAAACGCUUAGUAAUAAAUAGCCUGGAUAUCUCUAGCCCAAGCUCAAUCACUUAGCUUGUGACAGCAUUUGCUAGCCCGGGGAGUAGCAAUUGCAUUCCCGGGCAAUGAAUUCACCGCCGGGCUUAGAUAAGCACUUUUAGUCCAAGGAGAAACCACUUACCUCUGGGCUAGCCCACAGGAAAAAUUCUCUUACUUUGCACUGCUUUCUGACAUGAAACUCUAAUCAAAGUGACAAAACCUCCCCUCCCUACCCCGCUGGUUUUCACACAAAACAAGUCAGCCCCCCCUCGUUACGGAUAGGUCUGGGCCUGGGCUCUCAGCUGACACCUAGCAAGACGGCAAGCCGCCUGGUUUUUUCCGGCUACACUGGCUUAGACACGGGCGAUGCCCGUGUUCAAGCGAAAACUUAGCGGGCACCUUUUAGCAAAAUCACACAGAUAUAUAUAUAUAUAUCCCCCCAUCACAUUUGAUGUGCCCACGAUAUUGUCAUUCAGCAGAUGCACGCCUGAGCACGCAAAUUGCCCUCCUUUUCGGUGUGAAUUAACUGUUCACCUACAUUCCUAGACAAAAAAUGAUUAGGCGUUAACGACGCUCACAACGCUUGCUGAUUAAUGGUUGAGUGGCCUAUAAAUAAGCAAACUUUCCGUGCCUGUGGCAACUGUGAUUAGUUCUUCGUCGGUGACAUCACUGCCACCAGGAGCCGCCUGCUGCUACCUACACCUACAUACAAAUUUCAGGGCUCGACCUUGCGACCUGUGGAGUCGCCAAUGCGACCAGCUUUUACUCAAUGACGACUACAUUUUCAGGCCUGGUCGUCAGCCUGGCUCCCAAGGGAUAGGUUACUUUCUUCUUUGGGAAAACGUACAUUAAUGAUAAUUUGUUAUCCUUUACAAAACUAACGUUUUGCCCAAACGUUAUUACGGUUUGUCUAAACGUUUUAACGAUUUGUCUAAAUACUUUAACGAUUUCUUCCAACACUCUAACGGAUUGUUCUUAUGAUCUAACAGUUGUUAAGUCUAACCUUUGACUUUUACUUGAAAGAGGAUUGUGAAAAUCACAAGUGAUAAAUUCGACGGAAGUCUUAUCGACUUUAAUCGAUCGCAAUUCUCAAUAGGUCGUCCUGUGUUUCUCCGAGAAUGACUUCUAGCGCAUUGAUUUAAAACGGUUUCUUUAUGUCGAACAUGUAUCUCGAUUGCGGACUCGAUUGCAGAUUAGUCUGAUAAAAACUUAAGCUAAUCGAGAACGAACGGUGCUUAUUUCUCAAGCUUCUUUUGAACAACUUUAUGCAAAUUUCUGUUGAGUGUGACGACCCAAAUAAAAGCUCUGCCGUAUUUUAUUGACUUUUAAUGAAGUACCGUUGAACUCAUGCUGUUUGUCUAACAGACUUCUCGCGAAAUCAACCUCUUUGCCCGAAAACAUUAGCGACGCUUCCUCAUUCUGGAGACUUUCGAUCACGUGCUAAGCAAGCGCGAAAUAGAUCAAGUUUCACCGAUGUUCAUUUCUGAACAUGCAAAUACAUGGGACGUAAAACAAAUUUUGCAGAUUUUGUUCUUUAAUUCCCCAAAUAAGUUUUUUUGUGAUUCCUAAAGGUUGUUUAUCUAAAUGUGUAUUCCAUUGCUUGAAUACCUGUUCGAGGAGAUUUAUGCUUGAGUGUGGGUUCUUUUUCCCGAACACCGGCUGGUAAUCGAGCCUCCAGCGAAAACCGUUCGAAAGAAAUUUCAAAGGAAGGCUGAAGCAUUCUUCAGGGGCGUAGCUAGGGGGGGUCCUGGGGUGCCCGUGACCCCCCCUUGGUAGGCCUUCUUUUGAGCAAACAACCUACAAUAUUCAGGUGGCGAAAACGCCAUGACAAUAUCUUGGCCGUAAAAGCCAUUGUUGAAAAGCUCACUUUUUUAAAAUUUGUUUUUUUGUAAAGUAUUUUCGUCAACAGCUCUUGUCUUUAGCGUGGAGGUCGACAUGACAAUCUGGUGAGUAGCCUCUGUGACCCCCCCUUUAAAAAGUCCUGGCUACGCCCCUGUUCUUUCUCUGUUAAGGCUAAGCAAAAGAUGUUAAGUUUAUUGUAUUCUAUUAGUUCUUAAAUAUAAUUUUUGGCGACUAGAAUACUUUUUCUGGCGACCAAUGACUUGAAAGCCAGCUGGCCCCAACAUUUGUUUCUGAAAGUCGAGCACUGAAUUUUCUUCUUAGUUGCUUUAAACACCAUGCCAUGUGCCUCGUCAAUAUAAGGAGCACCCAGAAAGGAGGGAUUAAAAUAACACUCGAUUUCCCUCCAUGAAGUCUUUCGGUGAAUGCAGUUUUUCUGGCGACCAAACAACUUGAAAGCCAGCUGGCCCCAACAUUUUUUUCUGAAAGUCGAGCACUGAAUUUUCUUGUUAGUAGCUUUUAACACCAUGCCAUGUGCCUCGUCAAUAUAAGGAGCACCCAGAGGGGAGAGGUUAAAAUAACACUCGAUUUCUCUCCAUGGAGUCUUUCGGUGAAUGCAGUUUUUCUGGCGACCAAACAACUUGAAAGCCAGCUGGCCCCAACAUUUGUUUCUGAAAGUCGAGCACCGAAUUUCUUCUUAGUAGCUUUAAACACUAUGCCAUGUGCCUCGUCAAUGUAAGGAGCACCCAGAAGGGAAUAACACUCGAUUUCCCUCCAUGGAGUCUUUCGGUGAAUCAUUUUGUUCGUUUGCCGAUCCACAAGUUCUUUACUGGUUCAUUGAAUGUUACAACGAAGUCGUUUCCAUUAAUCGUGAACAAUUUUUGGGUUUCUUACUCGAUUUAACAUUUGAAAUGCCCGACAAAUGAACAGUUUUUGUUCCUGUCGGAUCUGUUUUAUCUCAUUUCCCCCACAGGUCACUAGAAUUCCUCGACAGUUUCAGAACGCGGACUGGUGUGAGCUCUGUCGUGUUUGUUUGGUUUUUCUCGCGGUCGACAUCCCUCGAGACUGUUUACCCAUUUGGCUAUUUCGUUUUCGGACAGCGUACCGACUGCGAAUUUUUCGAAAGUAAAAGCUAUAACGAGACGGUUGCUGAAAGCUUUAAUGAAAUCGCUUCUUAAGAUUUUCUACUAUUUGCCAACGUUUAACACGGAAAAAAUAAGAAGUCUACGCUGAGGAUUCAUCAAUUACAGCGGCGACAAAUCUAUCAGUCAGGAAAGUUUUUAAUUUUUUAAAACAUAACGAGAGACAAACUAAGUCAGUAUUCCUUCCCUUUCUUUUUAGGGCCAGUAUGUGUAGUUUCUAUCGCCGGACCGUACAGAAAAGGAAAGUCAUAUGUCUUAAGCGAGGUGUUUAGUCAACCAGAAGUAUUCCCUCUUGGACAUCAUCUCAGACCUGAAACCUUGGGAAUAUGGCUUUGGAUUGUACCAGAAGUAUUUAAGGUUAAUUGUUAUUCUAGUAAUGAUAUUGAAUAAAUACCAUACAUACAGGAAAAAAAAAGCCGUUUUGGAGUGUCUGUAAUAGAUUUAUACUGUAAAGUGUGGCAAUGUCUAGUUUUAUAACGCUCGAAAUGUUAAUUUUCUUAAAAUUGUAUUUAUUAAAUUACAGUUAAUUGAUACAAUGCAUUCUAGGUACUGAAUAAAGAAUUAUACCGAACCAGUUUUAGUUGAUAAUUUCUUGAUGAUGCGUUCAUUCAAGACGGACGUUCGUCAAUCAGCGCUCCAAGAUUGUUGUUGUUGUUGUUGUUGUUGUUGUUCUUCUUCUUCUUCUUCUUCUUCUUCUUCUUCUUCUUCUUUAUUGUUAUUAUUAUUGUUGUUAUUACUGUUAUUGUUAUAAUAAUUUAGUGUUAUUUUAAUUAUAUUUUUAUUAUUACGAUAGUCUCCAUAAAAGCCAGAUGAAAAUUAAUUCGUUCUAUAUUUUAUAGGAUUCCACUGGCCAGGAAUUCAAGGUAUUACUACUUGAUUCCGAGGGAAUUGACUCUGUUACUUGUGAAGGUUAUGAUGACACCCAGAUUUUCACUUUGACGGUUUUACUGGCUUCGGUUUUAAUAUACAACUCACAAGGUGUUCCUACGCGGACAGAUCUUGAAGGGCUAAAGUAUCCUCUUAAUUAUAUAUAUAUAUAUUUUAAUUUUUUGAAUUAAUUUCCAUUGCAUUGGGCUAAAAAAAAUCAUGUGCUUUGAUAUUUCAGUUAACUUAAAAACGCAAUAAUUAAAUCUUUCCAAGGAUUUAAACUUCCUUCACUAGUUUUCUAGGUAUAUCGUUAAACUCUCUCAGAGCAUCGAGGUGCGAUCAAAAGCUGAAGCUGGAAAAUCGCCGGAAGACUCAAAGUUCUUCUACAAAACAUUUCCUUUCUUCUUAUGGUUGCUACGAGACGUCGCUCAGGACCUACCACCAGAUUGUAACAGCAUCAAAGACUACUUCUUGAAGGAGGUAUACUUUAUUUAAAUUGUUGUGACUUUUUAAUUAGAAAUCAUUUUCAGCAGCUGUGCAUUAUAACUUGCUUUAGCUCUGAUUCUAAAAAUACUAACAUGGAUGCUGACAGUUAAAUGGACACAUGAAAAAAUAGGUAGAUUGUAACAUUGUUUUUGUUUUGACACUAGCAGAACUCCUAUGUUUCUAGCUCUAGAAAAUUACUUCCCACACGACACGUAGUCGAAAUACUCGUCACCUUAAAGAAGAACAAAAAUGUUUUAGAUUAUAAAGAGUUUUAACUAAGCACUCUAAUCUUUAUUUACCGUUAACUUUAGUUUGACGAGUUUUAUGUCACUAACAGCCUGGGUAAACAUCUGACAUUGCUUAAUUUUUCAGGUUUUUAAGGUUCCCGAUUCAUCAUCAGCUGAAACUCAAGAUCGCCAAAAGGUUGCUGAAAGCAUCCUAGGUUAUUUCGCUGGUUUUGAGGCGUUUUCGUUACCUCCUCCAACUGCUGACAAAGAGCUGCUGAAGAAUAUCAAGGACAAUAAAAGUCAGAUGGAUCCUUUUUUCCAAGAAUUAGAUCAAUUUAAGAGCUUGCUGAAAAGUACUCUGACCCCUAAAAAGAGCUUUAAUGAAAGUGAGCUGGUUACUGGAGAAGGUACGAUAUUUUCGUAAUUUUGAGGAGAGUACAAGACAACGGUUUCAUUUACAGUAGCAAUGACGUGUAUGAUAUGCAAGUUUCUAGUCAAUAUUAGUUUCUUUCACUCGCACAUGGGAAAAGAAAGGGAGGUCUUAAUGUUGUUAUCAUAUCGCUCUUUUUUAAAUUAUUUGUUUUAUAAAAAUUAAUAUUGUGUUUCCUCCUCACAUUGAAAGUUAUGUUUCUGUCGAUAUUAGGCAGAAAAUACUGCACUGAAUACUAUUAUAUUAUUAGACCUUAGGUCAUUUCCGUCGGUUCUUGACGGUAAGUCUAGCCAGGAUUGUCGGCCCUAGUAUUGAACAUUUGGCAUCGGUUUAUCGGCUGGUUUUGGUUUCAGAGACCCACUUAUAUCCAGAAAUGAACCCAAUGGCGAAAAUGGCGAAUCUGGCAAAAAAAAUCGCUAGAGGUUUGGCGAAAAUGUAUAAAGAGAUUCAGUUACAAGGCGUACUCUUUGUAAAGUAGCGAAGUUGGCGAAAAUGGCGAAUGUGGCAAAAAUCUGCCAUGGGUUUGGCAAAUAUUCAAAUCUGGUGCCAAAAGGGGUCCUUUGGAGAGCGGAGAUUUAAUUGACAAAAAUUGCAAACAUGACUAUAGGAAAAUUUGCCCAAAAUGUUAUGCGAUUUAAUCUACUGAUAACAUCACCUUUCUAUGGAGACAGUCGGUCUUGGAGACAUCUAUCAAACUUCCAUAUUUUUAACAAUCUCAACACAUAUAAUACUAAAAUAAUAAUUCUACCUUAUAUGUUGAACAUUUAAUAUCAAGGUAGCCUGCAUCGCAGAUGUAAUCUUACCCUGGUUAGUAACGUCUGCGAAGCAGCACUGAUAUCCUUGUUCUAGGCCCCCCGGAACGGACUCAAGUAAUUACAAAAAAUGUGUUGAAAGUUUCCCUUCAACCUGACUGGCCAGUGGACAAUGGCAUUGUUUAACAGUCCAGUCCUGGCACGUACUCAAAUCCUGGUACACACGUUAAGUUCUGUCCGUGGCGGAGGCUAAUAUCAAGGUGUUGGUUUAGUAUUACAUUUGCAGAGACAAAAUCUGAACUAGAAGCAACCAAAAGGGUAAAGUUUCUCAUUUUUCUCCUUUAAAUGCAUUAAUUUUACAAUAUAAGGGGUAAAGAUAUGGUUCCUGCAUUUCUUUUCCCAAAAAGUAAAACCCUUAAAUGACUGAAAGGCAAGCAAUUUUGUUUACCAAGGGUGAUGUAAUGGUAAGAAAUAAUUAUCAAACUUCAGUUUAAAAAAAAUUCAUGCAAAAGUUAAUGAUGCAAUGCCACAAAAAAGAUGAGAGAUUGUAUGUGCCUGAGUACAUUAUUUCAACACGCUUCUACAAAAUAGAGAGCUGGUUUGUAGCAAAAACUGUAAGUUUAUAUUAAAGUGUCUUUUUUUCAUAAUUUGAAAACAAGCAUUAAAGUAGUCAGUUAAUUUAAAAUCACUUAUCGAUAUCGCACAUUAUGGAAAUGACGAGGCCCACUGUAGGUCGUGGAAAGUGCCCUGCCUAUGUACUUGUCCUCGUACGUUUGGCAAAGAAGGUGUUUUCCAGUUGCAUUCAAAAUAUAAACAUUUAGGACAUUCAAAUGGAAAUAAAAAUACCUCAAACCUCUUACCUUGUCUGCUUGUCUUGUUUGUGGUAUGUUCUUAGCAUUUCUGGCCGUUUUUAUUCCUAUUUUAAUGCCCUAAAUAACUAUCAAUAAAUUUUUCAUACAAACUCUUAGUAAAAUAUUUCUCUUAUGCAACUCGCUCAUGAGCUUGGGGUACCCGUGAUUGAGGAUAGAGAAAAGAGCUGCAUCAUUUCGCUUUUCUACGUUCUUACUUAAGUUUAAUGGUCCAUUCACAUCAAAUCGUUUUGCAGGGAGCAAUCACGACAACAUAAGCAAAGCCAGUUUUACGCGCCUUCGAUGUACAUAAAUGUUUUACCAAUAACUAGUUGGAACUCUACACUUGGGAACUAAGCUUGAGUUUUUAUCUGUCUGGAAGGGAAGAACUAAAGAGACGACUAAAAAAGCUAAGUGUUCAAAUAUAUAAUUGUGAUUGUGUAUAUGACUGAUAGGUGGAUAUAAUUGGACGGUAAAUACAGAGCAAAGGUUGUGUGCCAGAGAAAUGGUUUAUUAUUGGUUGCUCUUAAAAUCUGUGGGUAACGAUGUAGCUUAAGUUGAACAUUUUUUUUCGAUAGACCGUUAGGCUUGUAACUUGUUUGCCGUACUUUUCAGACGUAAGAUUGAUGUUGUGGCGGCAAUCAUUUGAUUUAUCUCCGUGCAACCUACCUGUUUUGAUCUUAGUUUAAUACCUGGAAUGUCUUUUACCAUUGUUUUUGGAAUGGUUAUAAUGAGAUUAACUCUCACAUAGCAGUAGCCCCCCUGCCUGAGCGCCCAUUCCGGCUCUACAAUCGCCACUUUGAAAGCUGCUCUUUGUAAUAUCAAUCGCCAUUUUCGCCAUAAUUGCAACUCUCAUAGGGCCUCUGCCAUUUCAUUUCAAUGUUUGUUUUCGUCAAAAUCGCCACUCUGGAAGAGGACCCUUGAUCAUUUUUUUUUGUUGUUGUUUACUUUUUCCAAAGUCUUUUGCGAAUUUUCGCCAAAUUCGCCAGUUUCUUCAAAGUCGGUGCUUUUAAAGGGCUCUUUUGCAAUCUCAUUUGAAUGUUUGAUAAGACUUUGGCGAAUGUUCGCCAAAUAUACCUUUUUUUGCCAAAAUGGCUACUCUUUCUUUGCUGCCUCUUAAGAAUAUUCGCCAAACUUUCGGGCAAGUUUUCUCCAUUUUGGCCAUUGUUGCCAACGCGUGCAUUUCUUCGGGACAUAUCUCCAUUUUUUCUCCCGGGUAUAUCACGAACUAAUGUUAUGUCUAGCUCCCGGGUUGUUUGCUAGGUCAAUUGUUUAUAGAGAGCGUUGCCCUUAAUGUUUUUUGAGCUUUUUUCAGUUUCUCGACUGCAUAAGGUGCGUAUUUAUCUUUGAUGAUCUUCUCUGCAUUUCAAGGUCUUAAUACUGUUUUCUAGGUCUCGCUGCAAUUGUUCAGUCGUACGUUGAAGCAAUCAAUGGUCCAGGAAUAAUUCCUAACAUUCAGAAUGCCUGGGAAACCUUUGUAGAGAAGAAGUGUUCCGAAGCUAUAACGGCGGCUGUGAAAAAGUACGAAGAGGUUAUGAAGUCAAACCUGAGAGAAGAACGUCCUUGUGAUAAUGAUGAACUGCGCAAGUUCCAUGGGACGGCAUUAGACAAAGGUAAAGGCUGCUUCAUGACAGAAACGGUAGGAUUUUCAACCAACUCUACGGAGAAGCACCUAAACAAACUGAAGGUUGGUAUAAAAUGAAGUAGUAUAGUCUAUAGUAAGUAAAUGGUUUAGAAUUGGGUCACCGAGGGUAGAGGGGUAUGAGGAAACAUGAAGAUAAGCUUGUUACACAAGAACCUACUAGACAAUACUGUCAGCCUUUUCUAAUAUCUUCAGUAUAAAGACAAAUACAAAGAAAUGGACCAACAAUAUCUAAAUAUAAUGUAUAACCUUAUUAAGAUAAAAAAGAGAACACAAACUAAUUAAUAGCAAGUAAAGUAUAAGAAGCAUUGUUAUAUGGCUGAGUCUGUUUUCGCCAUGCAGUUGGUCAAUUUGCGGUCCGUAACUUGCUAUACGGACCAAAAUGUCAAAGAAAAUCCUCAUUUCGGAGCUCCAAAUCUCUUUACCUCGGAAAAAAGGUUUAAAUAAAGUUAUAAGACGUCUGUCAACCUUGAUGACUUAGACGUUGACUUUAUCCUUCAACAUUUUAAACUGUGUUUAUUUGUGAACAAAGGCGAUGAAGAAACUAACUCGUAAUCUUAUCGAAGAGGAUUCUAGUCAGUGUUUAAAAGUUUUAUCGUAGUACACAGUUAAGAAGACGAAAAUCGACAGGCAGAGAUUCGAGAUGUUUUGCCUAAGAGAAAAUGAGUAAUUUCUUCGACAAAUAUGAUAACAAACAUGCCUGUACCCGAUCAUCUUGACGAGCUUCUUUACCAUUUGCAGUGUUUUUUCAAAGACCAACGAAAGAAAUAUAGAAGCGACUUCGAGCCAGACACAAUAGGGCCAUUUAUACGAGGAAAACUAAGACGCGUCUUACAUAAGACGCGUCUUAAAUAAGACGUCAACUGGACCAUUUAUACGAGCAUGUCCUAUCUAAGUCUUCUGUAUACUUAAACUUACUUUUAAAGUGUAAGUUUAUAACACGAAGAUAGUAAUUUGAUUAGUAAAUAUACAUUGUGAUAGUUUAAAGUUAAAAGUGUCUACUUACACCAGCAGAUGUCACGCAUUUGUCCAGGAGGUCCGUUUUCGCCUUCUCCUUACAUAAAAACAAAAAAUCUUUUUCCUCCGCGAUGGACCAAGUGUUUCUUUUCACCUUUAACGACGUGCUCAUUGUAUUUGAGCGGAGAAAAAAUAAAGCAGAAUGGGUAAGGAAACGAAAACGCGUUGUAAUUGGUAAACAAUUUUUCCCCGCCAGUGGCCUGCCAGUCCACCGCGGGGCAAGCGAUAAUUUUCCCGCCAAAAAUUAACGCGUUCCUACUAUGCGUUCGCGUCUUAUGUAAUACGCGAAGAUCAUUUAUACGAAGUUUUUCUCGUCUUAGCUAAGACGCGUCUUAUCUAAGAACAGGGCUGUUCUAAAAUAAGACGCGUCUUAUCUUUCCUCGUAUAAAUGGCCCUAAUUUCCAGUUUUCAAAACAAUCUAGCGUCACAUUGGCGAGUGAAUACUGUGACGAGUGCCAAGCGUGCAUUGUUGUGUUUAUUAUUAAGAUUAGGAUUACGUAACGUGUCAACGCGAAUAUUUAAUAAGCUGGAUAUUUAAGUGACUUUUUGUUUUAUUAAAGAGAGCUUGUUUCCCUGUAUCGCUGUAUUUGUGUUUCAAAUACUUACAGUGCCUCUCAGUUCUUUAAAAUGUGUCUGUAAACCCUGAGGACUGGGAUGUUGACUUUGCGUUUCCAAAUUUUAACCUAGCUUUGUUUUAAUGAGAACGAACGAAACUGAUGAGGAAAUUGUAACCUUACCGAGGAAGAUAAUUCUAGUCAGUGUCUGAAAAUUUUAAGGCAGAUCACAGUUGAAGACGAAAAUCAACUGGCAGAAAUUCCAGAGGUUUUCCCAAAAGACUUUAACGAGCGAAUACUUCGACAAUGACAACAAACUUACCCUCAAAAGCUUCUUUGCUUUUUGCAGUUUUUUUUCCGGUUUCCAAAAUAUUCCAGAGCUAAAAAGAGCUAAAACUUUCAGUGCUCUUAGUUUUGACCGAAUAAACUUUUUCAACAUGGCGAAUUUGUUUUCACUUUCUCAGCCUUGUCAUGUGCUAUUGUUUUCGUGAGCCAAUAAAAACUUUCUUUUUUGACGCCUGUAAAAUGACUGUCAAGAAGCCAUAUAAUAAACAUCUUACUAGCCUCGUUUUUUCGGUCCGUACUGUAAAUUACGGAUCCUCGUUUUUUUUCCAUCGAUUUAUGGCCCGCGCGCUUCGAUGGGAAAAAAAACUCGGUCCGUAAUUUACAGUACGGACCGAAAACUCGGCUAAUAAGAGUUAUUAGAAUACGUGUUAAAUGAUAACCCGGACAAUCUAAUCAGUGAAAUAUUUCCAAGUUGGAAUCCCAAUACUGUGAUUUAAUAUUAACGAUCAAUUAAUGCUUUUUAAAUUGUCAAUCAAAGUUUUUCUUUCAGUUCUUUUUUUUUUCAGCAUAAUGAGUGGUGUGAGUGUAAUUAUGUAAUUCAUCACGACAAUAAGAAUGAAAUAAUCAGCGUUACGUUCACUGACUUCCGGCAAGUCCCGGUACUCACAAGGCUUCAGGAGCUAAUUCAGAAGUGACUUCAUCAACAUACUAGCUUUCUACUUGCUCUCUUAAGAGCAAAGUUGUAGCACACUUGACUUUAGUGGAAGCUUUAAUUCGCAAUGUUACUUUACGUGCGUUAUAGUUGCACGCUCAGUUCGUCACUGUAAAAGUAUUCCGAUCCCAGAAUAGGGCUAAGCAUACCAGUUAAAGGUCGUUUUCAUGUAAAUCCGUAAGGCUUUUCUAAUGCUUUUUGCGAGUAAUUUAUGAGUACUUUGACAAAGAACACUAGUUACCUUUUUUAGUAUUGAUUCUAUUUGUUUUCUUUCAACAACAAUACCUACCAAGCAUAUUACCGAACUUUUUCUCAAUAAGUAAUAUCGUUUUGCUUAUCGGUGGAUUAACAAAUCUUUCCGUUUAGGAAAUUGAGCUUUAUUUUUAUUCCUUUUUUUUGGCCUUCCUUUUUUUCUUGUUUAGAAACUGUUAUAUGCGAAGCUGACAUCAUGGGAAACCAGAAAUGAAAAGUUGACAAGAGAAUUCUGUAACAGCUUACUACGUCAGCUGAAAGAAAAACAUCUUGAUCCAGUCCUUCAACGACUGCAGGGGAAAGAAGCGGCCAAAAUAUCUUUCGAUGAAGUCAUUGGUGGAUACAAUCACAUGCAGGACGAUUACAAGAAUUCUGCCAUAGGUGCCAAAGAUGUUAUUGCCGCGGUUUGGGCAGAGUUUCAUCCGGUAAGAUUAAACGUUGAAAUUAGUCCAUUUCUUUCGAAUUGAGUACUGAUCGGCCAUCUGCUGAGUUAGAUUGGUUUGUCGGAGUGAAAACUGAAAAGACAUCCCCUAUAAGUCGCAAAUGAAGACAUCCGAUUAAACGUCUAGGCUGUUAUUCCUUUCAGUGAACUUUUGUUCUGUUUUGUUUGGUUGCAGGCUCUCUUGAAAGAAAAGGAACAAUCCUUAAAUUGGCUAGGACAACUCAAAGACUAUGAUGAGAAACUAGCCCAAGAAUUAGCAGCCAAGGCUUUACAAGAACAGAAGAAUCAAAAGCUUGAGGUUAAUUUUUUUUUUCUCACGCUGAUUUUUGGCUUUAGAAAACUUCAAUAAGCAAAAUAACUUUUAGACCUCUUCAUCUCUUUUUCCUUUGUACAACGGGCAAACGAAUAACAAGACUCUUUUUUAGUAUAAAUAUUUUAAUAUUUAGUUUUGCAUUUUUUAUUUGUUUGAGCUUAAACUUUAUUUUGUAGGAUGACAGAACUCGGUAUUUCUAACAAUCAUUUGUUUUUGGCGGGAAAAUGACGUUAUAGGAACAGCAGCAAAAAUUGAUUUUCUACUUCUGACGUAAAAAGUAAGCAUUGAAUCCUACGCCAGUCACCGAGCCGUCUCCCAAUAUAUUUGAAUAACGCUCAAAGGUUGUGAUAUAUGGCUGACGACUUUAUAUUCGGGUACACAGGGGAACUGAAAUGUUACAACCACGUGCAUUUUUCUCUGAUUUUUGGCAACAUAGCUAUUCUUACUAACUCGAGUAAGCUGAUUUCGAAAAUCAUUGUUGCCAAGCUCAAUUCUUUUGUUAAGGUGGUAUUUUGGGGCAUUUCAUUAGGACCGUUUUGCCCAAAAAAGGAGUUUUCUUUCCUUGAACAAUUUUACGUUUACUAUAACCAGAGACGCUUUGAACUUGUGAUUAGUGUACUGUAAAGAUGAUUACGAAAAUUUCUGGCAGUUUUUAAGCUGUGUCUACUAAUAUUAAGCCGUCACUUAACACCUGACCACGCCCUUUGAAUAGUUGAGUUUUGAAAACGAAUGUAAUACUUGUAUUAACAGGAAGCUGCAAGUAAAAACAUGCAACCCUUUCAACAUCGUCCAUAACACGUGUUCUUAGCAAUUGUAAGACCUCUCUGUUCCUGCACCAAGCACUUUGGGGUAAAAGCGUUUAACGGCUAAUUCAAAGGGGGAAACUAAAGAAAAGACAAAGGGUGUUUAGGGGUGGCUAAAUGUGACUGGAAAAAGAUUUAAACGGCACUCCACGUGCAUGAGAUCUCCCUUUCCCUGUAGGAGAGAUACUGCCGAGCCGAGCUAACGGUGCACGAAUACUGACCUGUAUCACGAAAACUUCCUCAGCGCUUAGCAGAUGGGUUCUAUCUUACCACCUGGGUUCUCAUAUUGGUGCGUACACAUCAACGAUGUCGUAUAACAUACACCACGAUGACCGCUUCAUCCAAAGACAGAGUGCCAGGGAGAGACAAAGGCAAGAUAAUAAAGCUGAAAAUGCACUACACUACAAAACUUCGGGAGUCUUCAAUCAGACAAAAGAUCCUACCUGCGACUUGGGAAGUUGAGCAGUCUCUUGUCCAAGUUGUUAUAAGGGACAGACUCAGGUUGAAACGUUUGUGCAAUGUAAUGGAGGCUACUUUCUACAGACAGAACAGAAGAACAGGAUUACAAAGUUAAAAUUGGUACAACUAGUUUCAAGACAAGAGGGGUAAGACUAAUCUGUGGAACUGCAGACCGUUGAACCACGGAACUGGGGAACCGGCGGAACUUACGGAACCUAAAGAAAUGACUGUUUUCAUUACAACUGCCUUUGGCCAACGUGAUAAAAUGAUUAGGUAAAUCAAUUAUAACAUUGAUAGACUGUUCACAUUCCCCUAUUUCCUCGAAAGAUCGUCGAAAUCGAGCGCUCACUGGCAGUCAGUUUGGAAUUGGUUUCAAAUGUACCAAGGGGGCGGACCUCAGGGUUCCCAAACCGUCCCCCGCCCCCGAAGCAGUUCAAGCUGGACCCGGUCAAUAUAGCUUCCUGUAGCACGCUUACUCGACGAUUUUGUGAAAAAUGGGGUAUAACACCAUAGCAUUAAUCGAGAGCUCUGGUUCCGAACUGGAAGUCCACAAAUCGCGGAUUUCCGCCUUGUUGGUACGUAGGAAGGCAACGAGAGGUACAUAUUUAAGCACAGUAGCACUAGGUUGGGAGGAUGAGAGAAUAUAAUGUGAAUGUGUUUGUGAAAAAUAGAUGAUAUUGAGCGAAUGGCUCGGUGGUAUCUGAGAACUAGUGGGAUACGUGUGAGUGAGUCGGCUAUGGUUCGCUGGGUCAGCACGUCAGUGUGUGUGAUAGGUUGAACUCGUUGAAUCCCCUCGUACAGGAGACCGAGAUUGUAUCCACGUCUGUUACGGUAGUGUUAUGUUAGUUCGUUAAAACGCAGUUCGAACGUCUCGUUGAAGGAACAUAUACCUCGCAUUCUCAGGGCAAGGCUGAAUGGAAAAGCUCUUUUAGUGUGUAAGGGGCAUAAACAGAAAUAAGUAGAUGCAUAAACAGAGAGAUAUUAAGUUGGGAUGGUAAAAAUUACAUUUCCCAAAAGUGACUAAGAUGGGGUCUAUAUUUGGCCACAGAAUGGAUUAUAAUCGGGAAGAGGUUCUGAGAGACCAGCAGCACAUACCCAGUAAAGAUUUAACACAAGUAACCCCCUGACUACCCCCCUCCCUCCCCCCGGGCUAAGAGGUGACAUGAUGAACGUAAAAGGUACUGAUGUUCGGCGGCUGUAGGUUUACUAUAAAGAACAGCUUCAAUAAUCGAUACCAUCAUUGAAGGGCACCUUGACGUAGAAAAAGGGGAAAGAUUUGAAUGAGCAGUUUGAUGUAAAUUUAUAGUGGGAUGAAGUUUCAGUUUAGGCAGGAGACGGAAUAAUACGUUUAUUGUGAAAAUGAAUUUGAGGAGAUCGCAAAGAUUCUGCCGCGUGUAUGGUGAUGGCUGCAGAGCGGUCUGCCGUCACGAGAAGUGACGCCAGGCGCCAAUACCCACACUCAGUUUACUGUAUUUAAAAUCUAUACCUUUUGUUUCCUUGCGACGACUACUAACACGCCGAACAAUAGCUCUAGAUCUCGACCAAUCAGCGGGCGAAUUAUUGAAAAAAAAUUGAUUGUAACUAAUUAUUUUAUCCCGUUGACCAAAGGCAGUUGUGGUAAAAGCAGACAUUUCUUUAGGUUCCGCUGGUUCCACAGGGGUCGUCAGUUCCGCACAUUAGUCUUACCCAAACAAGAGAAUUUUAUGCUGUCUGUUAGUGACAGUUUAUGAAUUCAAGAGCGAGGUAAAAAUACAAGCCAAAUUGAAGCAUGAGCUAAUACCAGUGCCACUGUCUCUCGCAGACAGAGAGGUUCUAUUGCAAGUGUUUCCUGCACUAAGCGGAUUUAGCACGGUUUCUCUCAGCCGAGCGCAUCGCGCAACCAGUCCGGUUGACACUGCAAUCGUCGUAUCCUGUGGUUGUUCAAAUUAAAAGUAAUUUUCUUUUAAGAUCCUAUCCUUGAAGUAGCUGUUCGAAAUCCAGCCACGAAGAAGUCGAUAUGAAAUUUUGUUGUCUAUGUAAUCAUUCUUAACGAGGAUAUAAACGACGUGGUAGUCUCCUGUAAAGACACAGACGUCUCCACUAAGUACAUCCCCUGGCGCAACGCAAUAAGCUGAUAAGGAAUGGGCAUGGUAGGAACUUAGAAGCCAAAUUAGAUCCUUUUGCAAGAGAUCUCGGUAAAUCUUCCUCGUAACUUGUCAUGUUCAGGGGCGUAGCCAGCCCAUAGACCUGUAGGCCCCGGCCUACAAAUUUUUGGUUCGAUCAUUCUACCGCUUGUAUAAUAAAUUAUGCAUUGUUGGAGAUUAGGGGCUCAACGUAUUGCUGAGGUCAGAGCGUACUAGUCAUGUCACAGGUUGUGACAGCACCUCGUUUAUCUGUAAACAUUCAAAGAAUACUGUGAGGCCGCACUUUGUAUUUCCUCCUCUUUGGACGAGUCUCAACGUCCUCCGUGCUAACACCAUCGCACCUGCAGAUAGGUUUGUUUUUCCGUUAUGUAUGACGGAUCCAAGAGACCAACUGGACUUUGCUCGCUCCUUGCUAUUUGUCAAAUUCAGUAACCCAGAGAAGCUACGUGCUCUUUACGACGCGUUCAAGUAACACCUGAGAGAUGCCACUACCAAACCACGGUUUGACGCCAAGCACAGAUUCCAAAAGCGGAGCUUCCGAACCUUGAGGAGACAGGAUGAACGCUGAAGAUGAGGAUCUACUGGUCUCUAUUUUCAUGACCCUCAAUCCAAUCUUAGAGGCUUGUCUGGAGUGAGUUUUAAACUGGUUCGCCACUGGCUGUGCUGUAAAUGCUUAUCGUGUGCACUCGGCUGUGUGGAUGUAUUAAGGCCGACGUUAACUGCUGCGUCAACCGGCACUCGCUUUUGUGAAAAGCUUAAGCGAUGUUAACUUUUUAAGAGAGUUAAGAAAAUUCAUUCACAAUUCUUACAAUAUGGCAGACUGAAACCUUAGAGUAAGGAGCGACGUCCUGACAUGUUCUAUUCGUAAAUUUUACAUGAAUUCAACCAGUUACUAUCAUGAACCCGACAAAGUAAAUUGUGAAAUGACUUACAUUCAACAAUACACAAAAAAAUACUAAAACUUAAUCUCCAGUCGUAACAAUAAACAUGUUUUUUCACCAAAAUAUCACAAUUAUACAAGGAGAGUACUUGGCACCUGGCCAUACCCAUUGCAAGGUGAACUUCUAUGAGAGGGCAAGGUCGAUGUUGACGUGACGGCUUAUUAUUUAUUAGAAAGCAUUGUAAAAACUGUCCGAAAUUCUCUUAACCAUCUUUACAGUACACUUACAGCAAUUUCAAAUAGUUUUUUGGUUAUGUUUAACUUAAAAUUGUUAAAGGAAAGAUGCCCCAAAAUGCAUCUUUUCACAAAAAUUGAGCUUGGCAACAAUGAUUUUCGAAAUCAGCGUAUUCAAGUUAGUAAAAAUAGCUAUGUUGCCAAAAAUCAGACUAAAAUGCCCGUGGAUGUCACAUUUUGGUUUUCGACUAUUAAGAGGCGGUCUCAGUAAAAACCGCCCACUCAAUUUCGUAUGACCAGUAUUUUUGCCUGAAACUCUGGCGAGUGAAAGGCUUUAUCGAGAAUACAACUCAAAUAGCUUUUCUUUGAUUCACAAUUAUUUUCUGGCCGAGCUCGGGGGAACUGAGUAUUUUUUGCAGCACUGUAAAAUAUUUGAUUUGCAUCAUCUGCCAAUGCAUUUUACACCUAUCUCUAGUUUUUCCUGAACGUAAUAGUUAUUCACUAAAUGUAGCCGAAAAGACGAAAUCAAGCAAAAUAUGACCCCGACUAAUUCCCUUGGAGCGAAAGGCUAAAAAUGACCAUAGUUUAAACGCUUAUUUCUGACCUAGUUGAAAGCCCUAGAUCAAAUAGACAAAAAAAUAGAUCAUCCAUUAUUAAGAAUAUACGAAAACUCAUAUACGAUUUCAGUAUUUUAAAAGUUAUGCCCGUUUCUGUUAUAUCAACUUACCUGCAAGCUAAUAUAAUCUUUUCAGAUUUGGCGACUGACGGAUUUAUCUCAAGCAGAUUUUGUCAAAAGUACGGCUUACCUAAUUCAUUACUAACACUGACUCACUAAUUGAGCCAUAUUCCAAUCUCUGAGAUGCCGGACUCCAUAAAAUUCCAGUAAAUGUGUCUUAGAAGCUGCUGGUUUGCGGCCAUAUUUGAAUCCCGCGUGCAAACAAUUCGAGUUUCAAAACAGGUGAAACUCUUUCACAAUUUGAGCUAAAUAGCACGGUAAAACACCUGUACAGAGUUGAGAGUUUCGACAAUCAGAGAAUCAACUAAGUAGGUUUCAUUUUGGGUAAGAAAAUUAAUUGAGAUUUGAGAGCUACAACCUCGAGUAAGCUUUCUAUUCAACCGGCUCUACAAGAUUAAAUGUAAGUGGAACCCGGAAAUCCGGAAAAGCGCAUCAUUUGGAUACCAGCAAAUCCGAAAUCAAUCAGAAACCGAAGCCAGUCCCAAAAGUUAGAAACAGCUGCAUUCGUUUAGGGCUUCUUUUCGACGCUGAGAUACGCAAAGGUAAAACCUGCCAAAUGAGCAAACCUUAAACAAAGUGUCUCAACGCCUUUCUUCGCCUUGUGGCAUCGGGUUAUGGUCAAUCUCUGAGAUGCCAAAUUCCAUAAAUUCCAGUAAAUGCGCAUUAGAAACUGCUGGUGAGCUGUCUAUUUGAAUCCCAUGCUAACAAUCCGAAGCUCAAACCAUGUGAAACUAUGUCGCGUUUCGAGAUAGAUAGCGCGGUAAGAAACAAAAUAAAUUAACUGUCCUGCGGAGAGAGUUUGUUCGAGAAUCAAACACCAACCAAGCAGAUUUCGUUUUGGGUCAGACAGUCCAAAUUUAAGGGCAAAUGUAGGAAUAAUUUUUCCGCCAUUUUUCGGCGUUCUCCUAGUGUCACCAUUGGGUAUAUUGCAUGGGAGUUUCUUGCAACCGUUCCUACAUUCCAUGACUUUUACCUGCUCUCCUCAUGUUAUCCGCUAUCCGUGUUAUCUGUGAUACCGAGAGAAAAAUGUCCCCUUUGGAAUAAAUAGCUGUUUUAAUAAUAGUAAUAAUAAUAAUAAUAAUAAUAAUAAUAGAGAGCGAGCGAAGCGAGUUUAUAAUCUCGUCACGCGCGAAGCGUACGCGCAGUACGUGAACCACGCGUGGUCUUAGCCAGCCGCAAAAUUCCAAAACUGGAUGCCCUAUCUUUUGGUGUCCGCCAAUGACGUGAUGUGGGAUAUAGACUUUGCCCCCGAUGACCAGGGCGCACUUUCAUGUUGUAUUCAUGAAGGACUGAUGUGUUUGUUCAUCGUCUGGAAUCAAUGUUUACGAUCGGCGAAUCACAAGCAACAGAACAGCAAGCACAACAAUUGGCUGGAAAUCCUCGCCGGCGAAGAUUUUCCACCGAAACUCCUCUGGAGAACGCCGAAAUUCAUCGCAAGCAGAGAAGACGACGACAACAAGAAACCGCGAGGCAGAGAGAAAAUCGCUUGACACAGCGAAGGCAACGUCGUCAACACAGCGACCACAAACAUGUAUAGAAGCAGCGAAAAAAUACUACAAUUACACUGCAAAUGAAACCGAUGAAGAGAGGGAACACCGACUGCCGACGCUUUAAAAGCGAUGAGGAGAUCAGGCAACGCUUAAAGUUAACUUUACAGUCCGAAAAAUUAUCUUCUUCUAUGCAACGAUAGGCAGCAACAGUCACAUGAUCUAUACAAUGCACGUGAAGAAUAUCUUUCUAACUCACCGAGGAGAGGCUAUCAGCCUUUACACCAUAAGCAUAAGGUUUUACAGUAAGCUUUAUUUUACAAUGAACAGAUGAUAACACCGAUAAUGUGUGACAUGUAGGGAAGCGUUACAUUU